GCGGGGACUUAGCUGCCCGGGGCCUUCCACCCCGCUGGCCCUUCAGGAGGGUGUGAGCGGCCGGACCGCUUCCCCGCCUCCGGGUCGACGCCCCAGACUACUCCACCGGCGGCAGAGCGAGACGCCUUGCCCAGUUGGGAAGGGAGCUGCCUUCUGAGGCGCGGAGGAAGAAGAUGUUAAAGACUUUAAGCAACCAUCACAGUAAUGGAUUUCAGUCACAAAAAUGAGACUGAAUUAGAAAAUAGUGAAAAUUAUGAAAUUCAAAGCACAGAAGAAACUGAAUUAAUCUAUACUUGUCCAGAUGGAAGAAGUGAAAAGAAUCAUGUUUGUUGUCUUCUCAGUGUCAGUGACGUUACACUUGAACAGGAUAAAAAAGCCAAAGAGUUUGUCAUUGGAACUGGAUGGGAAGAAGCGGUCCGAGGCUGGGGACAGAUUUCUCCAACUGCCUGCAUCUGGCCCAGGAAGAAGCUUAAGAAGGCGAGGGUGGAAGAAAGUGCCAGCAGCUGCUUACUCUGUGUCAAUCUCUCCCAUGGGAGCCUGGAGGCCAGGCUUCAGUUGGAGGCGGGGAAGUUGGAGUCUGGGGCUUCAGCUCCAGCUCCGGCCAAGGCAGGCCUGGAGAAGGAUGGAGGCAGCCUCUCCCAGACCCUGGGCACCCCCCCAGGCCCCACUGUGGCCUCUAGGGAAGUUAAUAAGAUCUGCUUUCCCACCUACAGUCAGGGAGAGAAGAAAAGUCUGCAAAUAAAAGAGUUCAUUUGGUGCCUGGAAGACUGGGCCACCCCAGAGACUGUUAGGGGCAAGGACCCCAGAAGGCCCUGGAGAGGCACUGACAGAAUUCUCGCCGCCUCAGACUCCCUGACUUCCAAAGCCCUUUUAGUCCUCCCUCCCUUGAAAUCUUCGCCUGCAAAUGGCUUGGAUGUUCUGGGUAGGAAGACUAAGAACUUUUUCUUGCGGCCAGAAGAGAAGGGGCUAAGUGUGGAAAAGGAUGAGUGUGUGGCUUAUGCCUCUGGAGUGAAAGCAAUUGACGGGGCAGGCGAAAAGCAGCCCACUGAGCUGGCCAGGCCCCACAAAGUCAAGGAGACGCAGCCUUUCCUCAGCCCGGCGGCCCUGACGCCCCUGCUGGCUGAGCCUGAGCCCUGCUGCCUGCGCUGGUCCCUCCUGCCUGAGAAAAACCUGGUGUGCCCUCCUUGCUAUCUUGCCACCUUCCAGCUUUUGCAGAAACAAGGAGCGAGGAACUGCAAAACCAGACUCAAAGCCAGGGAGCCCAGACCUCCCACGAAAACCCCAAAGCGCGUCCUCACAGAGACCAAGCAGGAAAACAGGCCCCAAAUGUUGGAGACCAAAGUGUUCUCAAGACCUCUCUUGCCGUCUCUCACACAUAGGAAAAAGAAGAUAAAAUAGGAGAGGUAUCAGUUUCAAAUUCAGUGCUAAGCAGCAACAUUUCUGAGAUGCAAUCAUAAAACCAAAUAUUUCAUCCAGGACAAGGAAAAAGCAGUGGAUCACCAGAAAGCAGAGUAGAAAGCUGCAAGAAGAUGUGAAAAACAAAAAGAAAAGCAAGAAAAGCAGUGAGAAGAUGCCAAACUUGGAACAGGUCUUAUUGACACAUGCUAAUCUCACUUCUUUAGGCCAAAGAAAAGAAAAAGUCUUUGUUCACAUAGGUAAUAUAUGCAUCUUUGAGAAUAACAAAGUUGCUAUGGAGAUAAAUUUUUAUAAAAAUAUUUUUUUAUUUUCUGAAAUAUUUGACUGUUUCAACGAUAAACCAAAAGUUAUAAAUUUUGUUGUUUCUUCUUUAUGUCCUGUAAUAUUAACUUGCUAGAUGGUAAAGGAACCAAGUUAAUGGAAGGGCCUUGAUAAUGAGUUUCUCCUGUGACAAUCUUUGCUAUUUCUGAUUUUGUGGAUUUAGAACAAAGUUACAAAUGUGCUUAUUAUUUUAUUAGUAAGGCAAUAUAUAGAUUUUUUUCCCUGAAGUUGAAGGAAAUGAAUGAAUACUGGCACUCUUCCCAUUUAUUAUAGACAAUACUCUUAUUCCCUCAUUUGCUGCUUUCAAACAGGCAUAUUUUAUUUUUAAAGAUGUAUUUACUUAUUCUGUUUGGCAGCACUGGGUUCCCUUUACCACACGUGGGCUUCUCACUGCCGUGGCUCCCCUAUUGUGGAGCACAGGCUCAGUAAUUGUGGCACACAGGCUUAGCCGU